AUGUCCACCAGUCAGUCCGGGUCCACCAUUGGCACGGGUCAUACGUCCCAGCCUGCCACCGCCAGCACCGACCACCCCACCCGCACUCACUGCUGGAGAACGGAUUACACCACUGAGCUCGAUGAUCCCCGACGGACUGUCCGUCUCGGAGAAUUCAUGGAUCUCGACGCACAGCUCAGUGUUCUCAAACAAUACUUCUUCAAGGACACCUCCGUUACCAACGAACGGCUGCGCAAGGCGGAGUUUCCAGGCGAGGAAGGCGACGAGGAGCUGCUCAUCGAGCGGGCCAUGACCAAAACCGACGCAGCUGGGAACUCGGUUUCGGUGGCCCAUGACUGGAGAGAGAUCGACGAGCUCGAUGUUGAUUUCGGACCAGAGCCGUUCGAAACCCAUCCCAUCAUCAUUGAAAUUGCGAGGGAGGGGAAUCGUGGGACGAUCAUGAAUGGCGGUACGAGCCGAUCGGUGGGCAAGUCGAAGGUCCUGCACAAGGAGAUCUUCCAGAAUGGUGACCGCAACACCAUGAUUGGCGUGCGAAUAUGGAAAUGUCACGGUGGCGAGCAUGGACUAGAAUGGCUCAAGACAUGUUACCCCAAGGUCGACCCCAAGAAGCUCCAAGACGCCUGGUGGGGGAACCAACAGUCCAGAACUGCUGCGAGCUCGGUGGAGACACCCAGCCAAACAUUCCACCGGUGGCAGCGGUGA